GGCGUGGCUGGCAGGGCUCCGACCACCUCCGGUUCUGGAGUAGAGUGAGGGGCGUCUUCAUCCAAUCCCGCCCCCCACCCACCGGCCCAGGUCCUGACAUCGCGGCCGUUUCCCGGUCCCGGUCCCGGUCCCGGUCCCGGUCCCGGUCCCGGUCCCGGGUACGGCCUGGUGGAGCUGUGCCGGAGCGGGGUGGACUCUGUGCCGAGACGAUGGGCUCUAUGUUCCGCGGUGAAGAGAUGUGCCUGGCCCAGCUGUUCCUCCAAGCCGCCUCGGCCUAUGAUUGUGUCAGUGAGCUCGGGGAGGCCGGUUUAGUGGAGUUCAGAGACCUCAACCCAAAUGUCACAACCUUCCAGCGUAAAUUUGUCAGUGAGAUGAGGAGGUGUGAAGAGAUGGAGAAAACACUAGGCUAUUUGCUGCAAGAAAUUAAGAAAGCUGAUAUCUCUCUGAUGGACAGUGAUGUAAAUCCUGUUGCACCUCUGCCGAAGCAUGUUUUAAAAAUACAAGAGCAGCUUCAACAGCUGGAAGCGGAGCUGAAAGAAGUGACAAAAAACAAAGAGACUCUAAAGAGAAAUUAUCUAGAGCUGACUGAAUACAGUCACAUGCUGAGAGUAACACAGAACUUUGUCAAAAGGGCUUCUGAGCUUGACCUUGCCUCCCAGACUCAAUUUGAGGAAUUUCCUUCGUUGGAUAAAGAGCCACUAAUGGACUAUACCAAUAUGCAGCGGCUAGGAGCCAAGUUAGGGUUUAUAGCAGGCAUAAUACAUCCAUGGAAGAUUGGACCUUUUGAACGGAUGCUGUGGAGAGUCUGUAAGGGUUAUACGAUCCUCACAUACAAAGAAUUAGAUGUUGCUCUCGAGGAUCCAGAGUGUGGGGACGAUGUGAAAUGGGUUGUGUUUUUAGUGUCAUACUGGGGUGAGCAGAUUGGUCAGAAGGUGAAGAAGAUUUGCGAUUGUUAUCACUGCCAUGUCUAUCCUUACCCAAGUACAAAUCAGGAGAGGAACGACAUUGUUGCAGGACUCAACACUCGAAUUCAGGAUCUCCAUACAGUACUAUACAGAACUGAGGAAUAUCUUCAGCAAGUUCUAUGCAAGGCAUCAGAAUCUAUCCACACGUGGCUUGUUCAAGUGAAGAAGAUGAAGGCUAUUUACCAUAUCCUGAACCUCUGCAGUUUUGAUGUCACCAAUAAAUGUCUGAUUGCUGAGGUCUGGUGUCCGUUGGCUGAUCUGGCCAAAGUUCGCCAAGCGUUGGAAGAAGGAUCUAGGAAGAGUAGUGCCACAGUUCCAUCAUUUGUGAACCGAAUACCAACAACAGACACUCCCCCAUCUCUCCUCCGAACAAACAAAUUCACUUCUGGGUUUCAAAAUAUUGUGGAUGCUUAUGGAGUUGGAAGCUACCGGGAAGUUAACCCAGGUCCUUACACCAUUGUCACUUUCCCUUUCCUCUUUGCUGUAAUGUUUGGAGACUUUGGACACGGUCUGAUCAUGUCUGUGUUUGCUUUAUGGAUGGUGCUUUCUGAAAACAACCCAAAAUUAAAACGAACAAGAAAUGAGAUCUGGAACACCUUCUUUGAUGGGCGCUAUAUCAUCCUGAUGAUGGGAAUAUUUUCCUUGUAUACUGGUCUUAUCUACAAUGACUGCUUUUCAAAGUCUUUGAAUAUAUUUGGGUCUGGAUGGAGUGUCAAGAGUAUGUAUAACAACAACAUCUGGAAGGAGGAUGAUCUUCGCUAUAAUCAGUAUCUAACCCUGGAUCCCAAUGUCACUGGUGUUUUCAAAGGGCCCUAUCCAUUUGGUAUUGACCCGAUUUGGAAUCUGGCAAGUAAUCGUCUCAGUUUUCUGAAUUCAUUUAAAAUGAAAAUGUCAGUGAUCCUGGGCAUUAUUCACAUGACCUUUGGGGUCAUUCUUGGAGUCUUUAAUCACUUGCACUUUAAGAAGAAAUUUAAUAUUUACCUGGUAUUUAUCCCUGAACUGCUGUUCAUGAUGUGUCUCUUUGGGUACCUUGUCUUUAUGAUUAUAUAUAAAUGGUUGGCAUAUUCUGCUGCAAACUCCGAUUUGGCUCCAAGCAUCUUGAUUCAUUUCAUUAACAUGUUCGUCAUGCAGCAGAACCAAGAUGCGAAACUUUAUCCUGGACAGAAUGGAUGCCAAAUGUUCCUAGUUGUGAUUGCUGUACUAUCCAUUCCUGUUUUGCUGUUUGGAAAACCAGGAUAUCUCUACUGGAAGCAUCACGGAGGAAGAAACUUUGGGAUGUAUAGGAAGGGCUACACAUUGGUCCGAAGAGGAAGUGAAGAGGAGAUGUCACUGCUGAGAGCUCAUGAAAUGGAGCAAGGAGAAAUGGAUUCAAAUCACAGCAGCCAGACAAAUGGAGCUGAGCAGGAGUUCAAUUUUAGUGACAUUUUCAUGCACCAAGCUAUUCACACCAUUGAAUAUUGCCUGGGCUGUGUAUCUAACACUGCUUCAUACCUGAGACUCUGGGCCCUCAGCCUGGCUCAUGCUCAACUUUCGGAGGUCCUGUGGGGGAUGGUGCUGCACGUGGGUCUUCAUAUGGAUAGUGACUAUGGUUCACUAUUAUUGUUCCCCGCCUUUGCCUUCUUUGCAGUUCUAACUGUAGCCAUUUUACUGGUCAUGGAGGGACUUUCAGCAUUCCUACAUGCACUCCGACUGCAUUGGGUGGAAUUUCAAAACAAGUUCUACACGGGCAAUGGAUACAAAUUUUCUCCAUUCUCUUUUGAGCUGCUUACUCAGAAUAUUGAUGACUUUGCCUAGAAAAUUGCUUUAUGCAUCUGAGUUUGAUGAGUUUUGGUGGUAUGAUCAUGUGACACAGCUUCUCACAACAAACGUUUUGCACUGAAUGCCUUACCAAAUACAUAUGCUCCUUUCUCUACUAAAGAUCAAUCAUUGCUUUUAUUGCAACCUCAGGUACUUUAAAAUUUUAAAAUGUAUAUAGUACAUUAAUGUACCAGGCUUUGUCACUGUGAAAUAGAGAUGCACUGUAGCCUUACCAACAACUACAUAACCUGACAGUAGUUUUUGGUUUUGACCUUUGAAGUUUGCUGUUGGAUGGAGGCAUCCAUUCAACACCCCUCCACUCCCAUCUCUCAGUAAAUAGAAUUCUAAAUUCAAUGUUGAACGCUGCUAAUUCAUUUAACUCUGGAUGUUAUGGUAAUCUAAAGUUCAUACUUGUAAGUGAGAGUGCCAAAUAGAGAUGUUUAGUUCCCAAAGGAAGCUAACUGGGCUACUUGGAGAACUGUGGUAUGACAAGCCUCUUUGAAGGAAGGGAAGGAGCCCACUUUUUUUUAUCCCAGUGUAGUCUGCUCUGUUAACUGUACAGUUUUAGGCAACUAAGUGUCCUGAAACCUUGGCCUUGCCAACCUACUCCCUCUGCUUUUGUACAUGGGUCUUGCUACACAGAGUUCAUAUACUGCGCACCAGGCGAAACGCUCGUCUGUGUUUCUCAGCGACUUGGUUUAGAGUCUCUUGUUGCUGCGCUCUUGAGAUGGUGACUGAAUAAAAGAAAGAGACAUCAACAAAAUUGCAUUGAAACUUACCUUGAUUCAGACAUGGAAGAACCAUUAAAAAGAAAAGCAACUAUUCAAAGAUGAUGUUGGAAAUCUGAAAGAAACAUUGAGAAUGGUGAAGAACCUCAGCAGGUCUGGUAACAUAUGUUUAGAGAGAAACAGUUGACAUUUUAAGUCCAAGAUGGGCGGUACCGUGGCUAUAUGGGCAGCAUGGUGGCUCAGUGGAUAGCCCUGCUCCCUCACAGCGUCAGGGACCGGCUUUGAUUCCCACCUCAGGCAACCGUCUGUGUGGAGCUUGCGCAUUCUCCCCAUGUCUGUGUGGGUUUCUUCUGGGUUCUCCAAUUUCCUCCCACAAUCCAGAGGUGCAGGUCAGGUGAAUUGGCUAUGCAAAAUUGCCCAUAGUGUUAGGUGCAUUAGUCAGGGGUAAAUAUAGGGUGGGGGAAUGGGUCGAGUGGGUUAGGCUGAAGGUUUUGGGCUGAAGGACCUGUUUCCAUACUGUAGGGAAUCUAAUCUAAUCAAUAUGAUGCAUCUUCUGAACUUCAGUUAUAUUGGAUGCACCAUCUGCCCAGAGAUGGUGCCAAACCUGCUGCGUUUUUCCAUCACUGUCUGUUAUGAACUAUUGAUCAUGACAGUUUCCCACCACCUUUCUUGAGAUUGAAAGUUUAAAGUGGGAUUAUUGUGAUAUAUAAAAUAUUCCUUUUUGAAUAUAAUAUUGUCACGAGUGUGUUGAAUUUUCUGUAAAGAUUUUGAAAAUUUAAUCUUACGUUUUCCAAAUUUGAAAGAUGAUUUUGAGUUUUGGUUCCUCUUUUAACUUUGCUUCCAACAUCUAUCUGAAAAAAAAAGGCUGUAUUUGGAUAAUCUUCCUGAACUUCACAUCCUAUCACAGUGCUGUUAUGUGACAUAUACAGUGAAGUUUGCAUGAUGCUAUAGACAAGCUAAAAAUUGCAUUUUAAAAUGUUGAAGGUAUAGCCUGAUUAAAUUGUCAGGUCCAUUCUGGAGCUUGUCCUGUUCAGACAGUGGGUAAAUCAAUCUUUUGGUUUGGACCUCAAGCUGGAGGCAUCCAGACUGAUCAUUGAUCAGUCAGUUAAUUCAAUUGAGAUGGUGAGCAUAUAUUGUGAAUUGGUUUAACAGAUGCCAUUUGUUUAAGGGAAUUGAUACUAGACCAUCCACUCACUAUAUCUGUACAGCAGUAGGUUUCAGACUCAUGUACUAGAAACACUAAUGUUGGCCUUGUUCCCAGGGAAGCCCUUUCCAGAUAUCAACAUAUUUCCACCAACCUCUGAGGCACUGUCAACUUCUUGCAGAAAAACAGUGCUGUCACUGCAGGACGCGCCUGAGGUAUGAACAUGUCAACAGGGAGAACAUGUUUGCUAAUCAGAAAUGUAGAAAUAAAAUAACACAGAAAUCUGCUGAACUCCUAGAUUUUUGCCCCUGGUCUGAUGAUCCAAGUUUUUGUUUACUCAAUGGUGAUCCUUGGCUGGAAAUUAUUCUUAAACUGAUAUUGUGAAGGAAAGAAUGAGCUGCUCCGCAACCUGGUGUCUCAUUCUACAGUUAGCUCCCAACAUUCAAGUAAACAUUGAACACAAAGAUCUGUGUGCCAGCGGUGGAGGGCUGCUGUACUUUGAGAGAUUUUCACAUCUUCCAGAUGCAUAAAACAUGAUUUAAAUUUAAAUUCAACAAAGGCAUACAAUAGAUUUCUUGGCUAUUAGGAUCAUACUAGAUUGUGUCACAAAUGAAAUAUAUUGUACAUUUUUUAACAAAUGUCUCCAAUGUGAUUAUCAUUUCAUGGUUAUGAAUUCCUAUCAAAUUUAGGAAAAUUGACAGAGUGGUUCCUGAAAUUUAAGGAAAUGCUGCUGUGUGAAAUUCACUGGAGGUUUUGAAGCCAACACUGUGACAAAAUGUAACAAUUUUUUUCAGAUAAUGGAAACUUCUUUUUGAAAUUGUGAACAUCUGUUUCUACCAACUAUUUUACUUCUGGUUGUGUAGUUCUGUGUCAUAUAUUGUAUGUCUUUAUGUUGCUUUCAGGAUUAGCAAGAGGUUUUCAGUCUGAGUAAGUCUCUGAAUUAAAAUGUAAUUAAUGUUGGCAGUAAAUUAUAUAAGUCGAGAGUGUGGUGCUGGAAAAGCAUAGCAGGUCAGGCAGCAUCCAAGGAGCAGGGGAAUCGACUUCUCGUUUAUGCCCUAAACACUGAUUCUCCUGCUCAUCGGACGUUGCCUGAUCUGCUGUGCUUUUCCAGCAUCACACUCUCUCGACUCUGAUCUCCAGCAUCUGCAGUCCUCACCUUCUAAUAAGUUAUAAGUUUGAGUUUACUGUGUACAUGUCUUUGUACAUCUCCAUUAAAUUCCUCAUUCACAGGAUCACAUUUGUCUGCUUUGAUAAUAAUUGCUCCAGUGGUUCAUUUUAACUUUUCACUGAUGUUCAGCUGCUGUAAAGGGGAGACUUGUGACAUGGAGGAGGAGGAGUGAGAGAGAAGCACAGGGCACACUGACUGCUGUCACCUUCCCUCCAUGAUGGACUCAUUGCCAUUUUGGAACUCAUUGUUUUGUAUUGUGGUACUUGCUACAAUGUAGCAGUGUAGUGAAAAUGUUUAAUACUUUAAACUAUCUAUACUGCUAAUGUGCUCAACCACAGUUAUCAAACCUGAAAAAUGCUUCAUUGGCAAAAAUUGGUUGGAGACUGCCAAUGGUUGCAAAAAGUACAAUAUAAAUGCAAGUCUGUCUUUCUGUCUUUUAUACAGUUUAGCUGCUCCUAGCAGCAAAGUUUACAGGGAGUUUAUUUGUGUAACAAAGAUAAUUUGAUGCAAUAUCAUUAAAUUUCAAAUAAAUGUAAAGUCUUUUCUAGUGCUUCUGGAAUGAAAUGCUCAAUUAGUUCAGUUACUUGUACUUUUUCUGUCAGGUUAUAAUGUGCUUGAAUUCCCUUAUUUGAUAUGAGCAGAGGUGGUUAUGUUGAUCAGGCUAACAGAUUGAAAAGGUAAUUUAUUGUAAAGAGAUUGUAAAACUCCCAGAUUCCUGCUACAGGUGCAAUUCUGAAAUCACUUUAGUUUUAUUGCAUGUAAAUAAUUAUUUUAUUAAUGUGGCUGUAUAAUUUGUAAAUGUCCCUGGUACUGUAGAAUUUAAUGAUUCAGGACUUCAUACUCCUGUAAAAUCUAUCAAAUUUAGCAAUUUUAAUAAAUAAACUAUAAAUAUUUCUACCAUUUAAUAUUUAAGAUAUUUUUCUCAUUAGCAAUUUUGCAUCCGUAACCUGAUCUAACAUUCACUGUCUGCAGAAAGACAUGGUUAAAAUUGCUGUUAAAAUAUUUUAUGUAUAUAAUAAAUAAUGUUUCUGUUUAACCUUGGAGUACUGCUGCCUGAAUGGGAUUUUAGUUUCGUACCAAAAAUAAAAAGUUUGUAUGUUCAGUACUCCUGUUAUUUAUUUGAUGAAUGUAUCUGAUGUAAAUGACUGACUUGUGGUAAUUGAGGUGACUGGUUAUGUACCCCACCUUAAUAGUGAUCUGCAUCAGCUACCCAACAUCAUUUUUCUAUAAACUGAGUUCUGAAGAAGGGUCACUGGACUCAACAUUAGGGGAGUGUCGUCUUUCUCCAACCCAUCCUCUAUUACCACCAAUGCAGUCUAUUACCUUCACUGUAGUCUCUCUUUGUUCAAAACACCACUGAACUAACUUCAUAGAGGCUGGUGUACCAUCACCAAGUCAUCCUUUAUUUACAGGAGAAAGUGAGGACUGCAGAUGCUGGAGAUCAGAGCUGAAAAUGUGA